AUGGGCAUGGAGGCACGUUUGCCUCGAACCCCCGCUGGCCAGACAAAGUCCAAGAACUCGCAGAUAUGGAAGGGCUUUUUUCAGGGAUCUGUGGGUGCUGCCAUCGGGGGCGCCUGUGCACAUCCCUUGGACCUCAUCAAGGUCAGAAUGCAGCUUCAGGCUGAAGGGACCAAACUCAAUAUGCUCCAGAUGGGCCCUCACAUUGUACGCAACGAGGGCCCGUUGGGCCUCUUCAAGGGUGUCGAUGCUUCAAUGGCACGGCAGCUGGUCUACAGCGGCGUGCGCUUUGGGAUGUAUGACAUGCUCAAGGGAUUUUGUGGAGAGUCCGAGAGGCCACUGACUACGGUGGAAAAGGUGGUUUGCGCAGCCGUGGCGGGGGCCACUGGUGCCUUUGCUGGCAAUCCUGGUGACCUGGCAAUGGUCCGCAUGCAGGCCGACGGCAAGCUCCCACCCGAGCAGCGUCGCGGGUACAAAAACAUUUUCGAUGCAGUCAGCAAGAUUGCUAGCCAAGAAGGCGUGCUAUCUAUGUGGCGAACCGGAGUUAUUCCCAACAUGAACCGAGCGACCAUCAUCACCGUGGGCCAGCUAGCUGCCUAUGACACGUGCAAGGAGCUCUUCGUAGACGCUUGGCACUUUCAGCUUGGAUUGAUGCUGGUGGCCCGGUUGGACAUAACCUUCGCAUCAACAGAUCGGCUGGUUCUCGUGACCUUCUACGAUGUGCGGGUGGCCCAGCAGGUCCUCUCAGACCUAAAGCCCAAUGCUUGGCCUGCCCAGGAAGGGAUGAAUGACUUGCGUGCGGUGAGGUUGUCGAGCUCUGAGUUUGCAGCUCUUCCGCGGCACGAGAGAGGCUUUGAAAGGUUCGGUGAGAUUGCAGGGCUUUCCAACUGCGUUGGUGACCUCGUUAUUGAAUUCUAUGAUAUGCGUGCAGCUCUUCGUUGCACCUUUGAUAUCCCUGGCAGUGAGCCCAACAAGUGUGGACCGAUGUGCCACUGGACCGGUGGCUCGGCAAAGGGCACCGGCAAGACCUCGGGUGGGUCUUCACCAUCGCCUCCCAUGUGGACCGUACGGAGCCCUCCCGGUUUGACUAGGUCUGAUGCUGCCAACAAUGACCGUGGAAUUGCCUUUCUGUUGCAUGCGGACCGGAGAGGGUGCUAUCCCGAAUUCAAAGCGCCGCGCAAGAUCUUUGUGGGUUCUUUGCCAGAUGGCAUUGAGGCUGACGUGGUGAAAGCGGAAUUUAGCAGAUACGGCCUGGUCGAGGAGAUGUUCCUCAAACAGGGCUGUGAAUCGGGUCGGCAGUGGGGCUUUGUCACCUUCGCGACCGCGGAGGAGGCCCAGUUUGCCCAGGAGCAGACCAAUGGGAUCCUGAUGUUCGAGACCUCUCUUCGCCCUUGCGAGGUCAUUUUUGCUCGAAAUCAAGGCCUUUAUGGAUCUGGAAGCUUGACGAAGACGGCCCAGCCGAGCCCUUCAAGCGUACUGCCCAUUGACACAGGCCCAAAGAAGAUUUUCGUGGGCACCCUCCCUGACAACGUCAGCGAGAAUGUGCUGCUGGAGGAGUUCUCCAAGUAUGGGGAAGUGAGAAAUGUGUUCUUGAAACCCAAUUGUGACCCUGGCAGGCAUUGGGGGUUCAUUACCUUUGCCACGUCGCAACAGGCUAUGGAUGCGAAGGCGAGCUGUGAUCGAACUCUCAUGCUACCAGGCGCUGAGAGGCCCUGUGAGGUGACCAUAGCCAAGCAUCAAGGGAUGUAUGGCCAAGAUGCGGAUGGCGAUGGAGGACGUUUGGCGACCAGCACCAGCAGUCGUAGCAGCUACACUCCCCUGAGUAGCCAGGUUGCCCGGCCGACUUCCACCGUUGGCGCCAGCUACGGUGGUAGCCAGGGCUCAGCUCGACCGGUGAUUGGGGCCAGUGGACACAGUCCAAUUGGUUUGGCGCCUGCCAAUGGCUCUAGCUCAAGCCAGUAUGGACAAGACCUACGGCAAACCACAACCUCUGUUGGAGGACCCUGCAAGGUUUUUGUGGGCUCUUUGCCUGAUGGUUGCCCAGAGCAUCUUCUUAGGCAAGAGUUCUCCAGAUAUGGCCAAAUCACAGAUGUCUUCAUGAAGCAAGGCUGUGAGCCAGGCCGGCAGUGGGCUUUCAUCAUUUUUUCCUCUGCUGAAGAGGCGAUGCUUGCCAAGGAAUCCACGGACAAGAUUCUGCAGCUCCCUGGGGCUUCAAGAGCCUGUGAGGUCAUGCUGGCGAAGAAUCAGGGCAUGUAUGGACAGGCGCCUCUUCGCGCCUUUGGCUUAGGCCCUGGCAUGCAGGGCUUGCCGGGGCAGCCGCCGCCUCCAACGACGCCGCCCCCACCACAUUUGACACCUUGGAGGACAUACAAGACGCAAUCAGGCUUGCCGUACUACCACAACUCACAGACUGGCCAGACAGUCUGGGAAUGCCCCACAGAGUUUGAGCCUCCGCCGGGCAAUGUGGGUGUUGGCAGUGUCCCAGCGAAUGGAAGAAGCAGUGGGCGUCCUGGUGCCCGCUAUGCACCAUAUUGAGGCCCACCAUGACCUUGCUGGGAGCGUAGCUAGGUCCUGGUUUCUCACCGUGUCAAAAUGCUACGGCGAGUGAGCAGGUGGACAAGGCUCUCGCCUUGGCUCUCGGAUAUCAGAAAAGUUUGCCGCCAUGCCCGCAAAAAUGCGCCCCACCAUACUCCACAACCUCACUGCCGAUUCAUGUUUUGUUUGGCGGAUGCAGCGUGGUCAUUCAAACGCUGCUUGAGGAGAGAGAGAGAGAGAGAGAGGGAGUGAGAGGACAAAGGGGGCAGAUGGAUAGAACACGUGUUACAUCGUGUUACCAUUAGCUGCUAUAUUUCUGCCUAAUUACUGUAUGCGCGUUGAGAUGUAUAUAUAUAUAAGUAUCAUAAUACUACAAAAGAAUCUAGGCUGUCACUUGCAUGAAGCAGGUCGGGCAAGUCUAGUGGAUAAGAAAGCUGCAGAGGACUGUGACUUGGCCGGUCCUGAGGCUAUUGUAAACACCAUUAAGAAACCUUUUGUGAGUCUGCCCUGCGCAUCAUCAGUGAAAGUGACAUGUGGC